AUGACAAGAAAAGAAGACUUCUCAUGUACUUCCUUUCCUUGGGUCGUACAAGAAGGAAAGAUUAAAUUUCCUGAGUUGACCACGUGCGUAUUCAAAGUCUUUUGUAAACUUUUUUAUUUUCGCAACACAAACACAACAACGAAUAAAAAGAAGCAACAUGAUCAACAGCUAGUGAUUUUUAUGAAUGAAACAGCCAUAAAACAGAAAUUAAUGGUCGAAUGGAGGAUGCAGAAAGUAAAAUGA